GGCUGUAGCAUAUUGGUGGGAACUGAACUAUCCAGCAUCACCACGCGCGAACUUCAUUGCCACAUCUUUAUCAAACUCCAUCUACUCAUCCAUAAUCAGAAAGUAGAAGAGACUUGCACUGGCUGUGUAAGUUGAGUCAGCUACAUGGCUCAAUCUCAUAUCGUACUUUCGUGCAAGGCGAACUGGAGCCACCUCCGCUCCAUGUGCAUACUCUCUGCUCGAAUUGCGCAUUCUAGAGCCGUUCAUGUUACGAUCCUGGUGUCCAGCUCGGGUAAUGUUGUGCAAAGAGUGGCCCAAGAGGUUUCCAGGUGCGCAAGUGUUGAAGGUGUGAAUGUUUCCAGCAAAGUCAGAGUCCUUGGUUUGUCGACCGACACCGCAGAUAAUGGAGAUACAGACCGCUCCUUCAAGCUUGUCUGGACAGCUCUUAUGAAAAGUGAGGUCACCACGUGUAGCUAUACAUUGAAACACGUUGAGGCAAUCGUACCACCCUCAGCUGUGAUACUUGAUGGAUUCCAACUAUCAUGGCUCGAGAUCAUCCGAUCCGAACCUUCACCUCCACCCAUCUUCCAAUGGAUGAUGGCAUUUUCGGGAGGCUUCAUGUACAUGUGUGGCCCAACGGAACCCCAGACGAAAAGUGCAGAGUUCAUGAAGCAAAACACGCAUGACUGCGACAAAGACAUACUCAUCCCAGGCAUGCUUCCAAUGACAUGCCACGAUCUGAAUCCCCAAGACGUAGGUGACAAAGCAAUUAAGAUUCAAAUUGCUAAAACCACCAUGAUGCAUGUAGAAUGUCUCGGCGCUAUCUCGAAUUGGAUUGCAUGUCAACGAGGUCGGCAAACGUUCCAUCUUGGUCCGAUGUUGCCACUUACUCCGGGCACUACUACCUUCUUCGCCAAAGCUAUUGAAGUUGAAAUCAAUACAUGUCCAGAUGGCUCUGGUAUCGUCGUCACACGUUUCUUGGAUCGAUGUAUGUCAUCUCAUGGAAGGCAUAGUGUCUUCUACAUCAGCUUUGGCACAGAGCACUGGCCAUCCUCUCUUAAUCACCUCGAAAUCCUUCUAGACGCCAUGGUAGCCCGUAAAUAUCCCUUUCUACUGGCACAUGCACAUGCGGAUGCGCAAACCAUCUCCAAAUUGAAAAACAGAUACCUUGCUAAUGAGGAAGCACUCAUUCUGCCAUUUGUGCCGCAACAAACCGUGCUAUCCCAUGAGGCGUGCGGAUGGUUCAUAACGCACGGAGGAGCAAACGGCGUCAUGGAAGCGCUUACCCAAGGGAUCCCAAUGAUCGGUUGGCCCUUUGCCAUUGACCAGCCUCUCAAUAUUACCCACAUGGCACAUACUAUGGACGCCGGCUUUGAAUUCACUCAGAUGCGAGCGAACUACUGUCCCGUCAAGGCAGCCAGAUCCGAGGAUGUUCUACAUGACAUGGAUGCUUGGGAAAAGGAAGUUGGGGACGUUUUGGCAGCAGCUUUUACAGCUGUGGGCGAGAGGAAGCGGAGGAACGCUGAAUUGAUUGGAAAGAAUCUUGGAAAAGCGUGGGCAGAGGAUAGUGGGAGAGCUAGGCUGCAGCUUUCUAAGUUCCUAGAUACAGUGGGUGUUUGA